AGAGAGGGAGAGGAUUGGGAGUCUGGGACUACCAACCACCACUCACUAGCGAUGUGAGAACAAUCUUAAUCUCUUGCAGAGGGAACCCUUGUCCACCCACUACCUCCUUAUGUCAAUAUGAUAUAAUCUGAUAAAUAAAGAGAGAAAAACAGAAAAGAAAACGAAAACACAUUAUUUCUCUCUUCUGCUCGUUAUACCUAAGAUAAAGAUGAGAGGAGGAGGUUUCUGGCAGCUUGGGCAAUCAAUCACUCGCCGCAUUGCUCAGGGAGACAAGAAAUCUGUAGUGCGACGAUGUUUUGCUACUGAAGCUGCUGAGCUGAAGAAGACAGCUCUUUAUGAUUUCCAUGUUGCCCAUGGAGGAAAAAUGGUUCCUUUUGCUGGUUGGAGCAUGCCAAUCCAGUACAAGGAUUCAAUUAUGGAUUCCACUCUCAAUUGCAGAUCAAAUGGUAGUCUUUUUGAUGUUUCCCACAUGUGUGGACUUAGCCUCAAGGGUAAAGACUGCAUUCCAUUCCUUGAGAAGCUUGUGAUUGCUGAUGUUGCUUCACUUGCUCCUGGGACUGGUAGUCUUACUGUCUUUACCAAUGAGAAGGGUGGAGCUAUUGAUGAUUCUGUGAUCACUAAAGUCACCGAUGAUCAUAUAUACCUGGUUGUGAAUGCCGGUUGUAGGGAUAAGGAUUUAGCUCACAUUGGAGCCCAUAUGGAGGCAUUCAAAGCCAAGGGUGGAGAUGUCUCAUGGCAUAUCCAUGAUGAGAGAUCCCUUAUAGCUCUCCAGGGCCCUCUCGCUGCACCAGUUCUUCAGCAUCUAACUAAAGAUGAUUUGAGCAAGUUCUAUUUUGGGGAGUUCAAGAUGUUGGAUAUCAACGGUGUCCAUUGCUACCUCACAAGAACUGGGUACACAGGUGAAGAUGGUUUUGAAAUCUCUAUUCCUUCUGAGAGUACACUAGAUCUUACAAAAGCAAUUUUGGAGAAGUCUGAAGGAAAGAUAAGGUUGACAGGUCUAGGUGCUCGAGAUAGUCUCCGUCUUGAAGCAGGACUUUGUUUAUAUGGUAACGAUAUGGAACAACAUGUGACACCUGUAGAAGCAGGGCUUACAUGGGCCAUUGGCAAGCGAAGAAGGGCAGAAGGUGGAUUCCUGGGUGCCGAGGUAAUCCUCAAGCAACUCGAGACUGGUCCAUCAGUAAGACGUGUAGGUAUUAUCUCUUCAGGACCACCUCCAAGGAGUCACAGCGAGGUCACUGAUUCCAAAGGGUCAGCUCUUGGGGAGGUGACUAGUGGAGGAUUCAGUCCAUGCCUGAAAAAGAAUAUCGCGAUGGGAUACGUAAAGUCUGGUUCCCACAAGGCUGGAACUAAGGUUAACGUCGUAGUCCGAGGAAAAUCGUAUGAAGGAGUCAUCACUAAGAUGCCAUUCGUACCUACCAAGUAUUACAAGCCAACCUAAACAAUGGAGAGAGCAUCUCGGAGUUUUCUUUUCUUGCUUUCGCUUCCUCUGCAAGUGUCUUAUGAACUUGAAUGCUGUAAUUACACUACUUUCUUCUUAAAUUGGAAGGAUAUCAUGCUAGUUGAUAAAGUUUGAUUGCCAAAAAAAAAUGAAAAAAAAAAACUCAAUCACUGAACUG